UGCACGUUUAUCAAAUCAUCAUUUUUCAAACAACUUUAAUCAAGACAAGUUUAAUCUAUUAAAAUGAAAUUGUUCAGUUUGCUCACUUUUGUGUUGGCAGUGAUUGCCUUGUUCGCGGGUUUCACUGAUGCAAACCCCAAAGUCAAUGUGGGCGCAAUUAAAAAAGGCGGAAGAGCUAUUAGAAAAGGCCUCGGUGUGCUUGGAGCAGCAGGCACAGCACAUGAAGUGUACGAACAAGUAAAGAACAGAAGACAAGGCUAAUUUAACCAAAUAAUUGAAUAAGUAUUUUGUUCAUAAGCAAUUGAAACGGGUACGAAAUAAAAUAUUUAAAUACA